CAAUGGCGUCUUCGUCUUCUAUCUCGAAAAAAACCUUUAUUUUAACUGAAUCAGACAUUCCUGGAGCUGUUCUUCCACAGGAAACUCCAGAUCUAUGUAAUGUCGUACAACUCAAGCGAUGGCUAACUUGCAGAGGAGCUUGCACUACUGGUAAAAAGAUCGAACUCAUCACAAGAGUCAAAAAUUACAUAAAAUGUGGCCUCGAUAAAAGUCAAUUGAGAGAUCCUGACGGUGGCGUCCAUUUGGCAAGAAAGAAAGCCGAGCUUGGAGUCCUUGAGGAGCACGCUCCUAAUGUCAGCUCUACGUUCCCAGUGGAAGGAUUCAGUGAAUCACUGCCUGGAAUACCGCAUGUCACUUUCAAGACACUUUGGACAUAUAUGGUUUCUUGUGUAGACGCUAGAAAACAGUUAUCAACCGCAAAGCCAAUGAUAAAGGGUUUCAAUUUUUACAAGUCAGGACAUGUGUUGACAGUGAAGUCUUGUAACAGUGAAAAUGGACUGAAAACAUACAUUAAGUCUCAAGUCUUACCAUCUAUGAAGAAGUCAACGUCCUAUUUAUGUUAUAUUAUAAUAAGGAAAAAUGGCUUGAUACAAAAAGCAUAUUGUGGUUGUCCAGCUGGAAUAGAUGGACGCUGCAACCAUGUUGCUGCAACUCUCUUUUGUUUAGAAGAGUUUUGCAAAGUUAUAUCAAAGCAAGGGGAMACAGRGGAAGCUUGCACCUCACAGAAAUGMAAGUGGAAUGUGCCUAGAAAGCGCAAGGUGGACCUCGUACCAGUUGCCAAUCUUAAGUUUCGAAAGCAUGAACAUGGAAAGGUUAAACAGCCAAGAAACCCAGUCAUUUCACCAGGACAUGAUGUGCGAUCUGUUCCUACUGGUAGCACARCAAGGAAURCAAAACUGUAUAACAUAUACACAAAAGUCAUGAAUUUUCAAGACAAGACUGGGAAACUAAUUGGACUUAGCCACAUUCUACAGCAGAACACAACAGAARUCCUAAAGAAAGUAAUCAACCUGGACCAUGACUAUGCUAAACCUCCAGUAGUUGACGAGAUUGAGUCAAUACAACUUAUCUCUCCUAUUAAAGAACAUCCCGUGUCAUUACAAGAAAUACAUCAGCGUUGUGAAGMUGUUGUGAACAAUCUUCAACUUACAGAGAAAGAAAUUGAAGUUGWUGAGGCUCAGACAAGAAAACAGUCAGAAAGCAGUGRAUGGUAUUAUCACAGGAAGUUMMGUAUCACUGCCUCCAAAGCAUACAGGUGUGCUUCCCUAAAAGAAUCYACAUCACCAYCAAAAGCUGUUGCAGAAGUACUAGGAUACAAGGACUUUAAACCGACCAGUGCUAUGAUUGCAGGCCUAACCCAGGAAACAACCAUAAGAGAAGAGUACAUAMAAGAAAAGGCAAGAAAUGGAGUAUCUGUAAGUGUAGAGGAUUGUGGAUUCUUUGUCAGUCCAACACAUGGAUUUCUCGGUGCAAGCCCAGAUGGAGUGGUUAAAGAACAAAAAGAGAACUAUCAGUCAUCAGGAUUACUAGAGAUGAAAUAUAUCCAAACAAAUAGCUCAGAAAGUCUAUCAGAAGCUUUAUUAAGAAAAAGAAUUUGUAUAGCAAGUGAUAAUGGCAUCAGAGUCAAUUGUAAGCACCAGUAUUUUUAUCAAAUGCAACAGCAAAUGUAUGUCGCAAACAAAACAUGGACUGACUUUGCAGUUAAAGGAUCAUCAUGUAAGUUACUUUACAUUGAAAGAGUAGAAUUUGAUCCUGUUUUUUGGGGAAAUAUCUUUCCAAAGCUUAAGUAUUUUUUUGACAAACACAUGUUACCAGAAAUAGUUUAUCCAAGUAUUAAGUAUGGACAGACAAGGAGAGUUUUAGAUUUGAAUGCAGCUCAAAGGAAUAUCUAAUUYUUUUCAAAACAGUGUUUUCAAAAUGUAAAUAGUGGUGCAUUAGGGUUAGAUAUAUAAUAGAUAUAUUUCCAUGACAAGAAAAAUAUUKMAUAUUAGAAUAAUCAAUCAGUAG